AAGCGGCCAGCUUGACGUCCGGGAGCUGAUCUCUCUCUACCCCUUCCUGUUGCCUCCUUCCUCUUCAUUUAUACGGUCUCAUCCCCCUCUGCACGAGUACGCGGACCUAAACCAGCUGACCCAAGGCGACCAGGAGAAGAUGACCAAGUGCAAACGAUUCCUCAUGAGCUACUUAAACGAAGUCCGCAGCACUGACGUUGCUAAUGGCUACAAGGAGGACAUUGACACGGCUUUGCUGAAGCUGUAUGCAGAGGCAAAUCACGAAAGCCUUCUGGACCUGCUGGUUUCUGAGAAUUUUUGCCUUUUAACAGAUAGUGCUGUCUGGCUGGAAAAACACAAAAAGUAUUUUGCCCUUGGUCUCCUGUAUCAUUACAAUGGUCAGGAUGCUGCAGCACUUCAGUUAUGGGUGAAAAUAGUUAAUGGAGACAUUCAAGACUCUACACGGUCAGAUCUCUAUGAAUACGUAGUGGACUUCCUCACGUUCUGCUCGGACCACGAUCUCGUGUGGAAGUACUCUGAGUGGGUUUUACAGAAAAACGAAGAGGUUGGAGUACAGAUUUUCACUAAACGGCCUUUGGAAGAGCAGGAAAAAAACAACAUUAAUCCAGAUGAUAUCAUCAGUUGCCUUAACAAAUACCCUAAGUCACUUGUUAGAUAUCUAGAACAUUUAGUAUUGGAAAGAAAAAUAGAGAAGGAGAAGUACCAUACCCACCUAGCUGUCUUGUAUCUGGAAGCAAUACUUCACUUGAAAUCUGUGGCAACAGAUAAUUGUACAGAAACAAUUGAAUUGCUGUCUAAACUGCGCAGCCUUCUUCAAAAAUCUGAUCUCUAUAGAAUUCACUUUAUUUUGGAUAAAAUCCAGGGCACCGAUCUUCACAUGGAAAGCGCCAUCUUGUACGGGAAGCUCGAAGAGCACGAGAAGGCUUUGCACAUCCUGGUGCACGAGCUGAAGGACUUCCGUGCCGCCGAGGAGUACUGCGUGUGGAGCUCGGAGCGCAGGGGGCGGCGCUACCGGCAGCGGCUCUUCCACAUGCUGCUCGGGGCCUACCUGGGCGGCGACAUGGCGGACGGCGCCCUCGUGGCGCCUGCCGUGGACCUCCUCAACGGCCGCGCCACCGAGUUCGACGCCGCGCUGGUCUUGCAGCUGGUGCCCGAGAGCUGGUCCGUGCAGCUGCUCUCGCCCUUCCUGGCCGGAGCCAUGAGGCAGAGCGUCCACACGAGGAGAAUGACCCGCGUUGCGCUGGGCUUGGCGCAGGCCGAAAACUUGAUCUACAAAUACGAGAAGGUUAAACAAAAAGGAACUCCAAUUUUUCUGUCGGAUAAGAAGGUCUGUCAGGUGUGCCAAAAACCUUUCUGCGAGCCUGUGUUUGUGAGAGACCCACAUGGGGGCAUGGUCCACACGCACUGUGCUGCAAACAGACAUCUGAAUUCAAACAUGACUCCCCACUCUUCCAGCUCCAGCAAUCAGACUUGAAACACGUUCCAGGUCCCACACGUUCCUGUGACUUUUUACCACAUUGGAAGUGGGCUGGAAAAAGAACGAAGUGCAGCUACUCUAGGUAUCAAUCAAGGCAAAGGUAGCCCCUGGGUUAACGGGAAGACUUUAGCAAAUACGAAAUACGGCCA